GUCUGGUAGUAGAGGUCAGUGACGCCAUCAUGCAAACAUCCUAUUGUGGAGUGACUGCAAAAAGAAGAGGGGGAGAAGGAGAAAAAUAAUUUUAAAGUUGUGCUCAUUGAGAUUGAAACAAUAUCCACGUGAGGUCUGAACGGCGGCUGAAUAUCAAUCAAUAUAAUUGGCUGUUGUUUUGAAUACUUGGGUUACCUCGUACAACAUUACAAUAACUUUGACAUUUGACAUAUAAGCCGUAAUCAGAAGCCCCAUUUAGUUCAGAUGCCCAGUGGCUUACUGCAGUGGUCAUCAGUUCAAGAAGCGAAAGAAACAAGUUGGCUCAAUAUGCAUUUGCCCCUGGUUUUAUUUCUGAUGGCUGAGAUUCUUAUUUGUGAAUUUAUCACAGCUAAACCAAGGACUGAUCUUGACUUGCUUAACCGUGAUGAUAGUGAAGAGCCUCAACAAGUGAGCGAGGAACCUGAAAUCGAGGAGAUUGCAAACAGAGAAUACGAGACAGUGCACGGCAAAAUUCUGGCUGUAAACAUGGUUCACUUGGAGAAAAGGAAAAAGGCUCUGAGAGAUCAGGAAACAAAAAGAUCGAAGGAACCGGAUGUUUUUGAGAACAUCGAGAAGGAUAACGAAGCCCAUCAUAUAGAAGGUCUGUAUCAAGGAGAUAUCAUUGUAGACGAAGAUCUGGAGGAACUCCUUCAUUUACCGAACCAAACGAGAACGAAAAGAAAUGCCGUUCGAUCGAGAAAACGACUGUGGCAAUCAAGGAUAAUCCCCUACAGACUCUCACCUGAUAUGAUGCAUAUCAAGAAUAACUUGUUCAUAGCUUUCGCUGAGUUCCACAAACACACAUGUCUUCGUUUCGUGCCUUAUCGACCUGGUGUACAUGGAAACUAUAUCUACUUCAAAAGGAAUGCUGGAUGCUCUUCUAAGAUAGGGAGGCAUUACGUUUCACCUGUUGGCCAGCCCGUCUCUCUUGGUAGUGGAUGCAACUUCCCUGGCAUCAUUAUACACGAACUGUUACAUGCUUUAGGUUUUUGGCACGAACAGGCUCGUGCAGACCGCGAUAAAUUUGUGUCCAUCAAAUGGGAGAAUAUCCAAACAGGUUUUCAAGAUCAGUUUGACAAAUACAACUGGGAAACCAUAGACAAUCUGAAUAAAGAUUACGAUUACCAGUCAAUCAUGCAUUACGAUCGCUAUGCAUUCUCCAAAAAUGGAAAGCCUACCAUUGUAGCUGUUGGAAACGAAAAUAUGGAAUUUGGAACUAAGAACAAACGUUUGAGUACAAAAGACAUCAUUGAAAUUAACGCUUUGUACGACUGCCAAAGUAAACGUUACGGCUGGACCAAAUGGUCUGAGUUCACGCCAUGUGAUGAACAUUGUUACAAGUCAAGAAAUCGUUAUUGCUAUCAUAGUGGGAAUCCUAAAAGUUGUGGAGGCAAUGUUAAUGUGUACGGUAUCGAGAAAGAAAGACUAAAGUGUUCAGUAAGGGAGUGUCUGGCCAAGAAUGCAAUUAAUGGUCAUUGGGGUAACUGGGGUGCAUGGACUACUUGCAGUGCUAGUUGUGAUGAAGGAGCGCGAAGCCGAACAAGGCAGUGUAACAACCCGGCUCCUUCUAAGUAUGGUAAACCUUGUACAGGAAAAGCAAAAGAGGAUGAACUGUGUACCGUAGGGAGGUGCCAUUUAGAUGAUUAUGAUACAGAGUUUGAGAGUCCAAGUCGUCCUUUUGGAAUGUGGAAAAACAAUCACGGCAUGAAGCUGAAAUGGAUCAGACACCAGUUUGUUACUAAAACCAUGAAUACUGGUCCGUUUUAUGACCACACCAAAGGAACAGCUAAAGGUCAUUAUUUGUACAUGGAGUCAUCUUAUCCUGCUAAACCUGGCGACAAGGCGAUACUGACAAGCACGACCCUGACAGCCAAAACAAAAUUCCAUUGCCUUAAGUUUUACUAUAYCAUGUAUGGGCAUACGAUGGGAUCUCUGGAAGUUAAACUGUAUCGACCAGGAUUACCAACAAAAACUAUAUUUUACAAGGGAGGUAAUCAGGGCAAACCAUGGCAUCUUGGGACGGCAACUAUUGAAGCAAAGACGACGUUUGCUGUUUGCGCUCGCUUGCACAUGAGAAAACGCAUGAAUAUGGAUACAGCUCAAACAAAGAAUCUUAUUCUCAAGGGAAUGACACGUGGUCUGAAAUGGGAAAAGAUUACCUAAUGCCGAAGAGGUGUAAUGGUUUGGUUUACUUGCUCGAUAAAUCAAAAAGCAUAGGCGUAGUUACUAGCAAAACUACAGAGAAAGAAAGAAAGAAAGAAUGAAUGAAAGAAUGAAUGA